AUGGGAAACUCGGAGGACUACUACGGAGGCAUGGACCAGGAAACGAUGGACCAUAUGUUGGCCGCCUUCGAAAAGAAUCCCACAUCUUUCUACAUGGACGCGGCCCUGCUGUUGGUGGGCGGCAGCCCGGAGUCGGUGGCCGUGGAGGAGUUCAAAAGAACUAUGGUUAAGGAGCGGCCAGACAUUGUAUUACACAGGGCCCGCUGGAUGUACUCUUAUGAGCUGAGGCCAUACCUCGACCAAAUAACCAUCCCCUGCCACGUCAUCCAGAGCUCCAAGGAUCCGAUGAUGCCGGUGGAGGUGGCUGAGUAUAUCCACCGGAGCCUGAGCGGGAGGUCGGUUUUGGAGUUGAUUCCAACAGAGGGUCACUUGCCGCAUCUCAGCUCCCCGGAGCUCACAAACCCAGUGCUGCUCCGCCAUAUACGGCAGGACAUCUAG